AUGACAAUUUGGGCGGUUUUUAACAGUGUGUGUGGCAAAGCCUGGCAGAGCCCGAGCGAUCUGGAGAUCCACCGGCGGGAGCACACGGGAGAACGAGCCUUCGACUGCUCGGAGUACGGCAAGAAUUUCACCUGCUAUGACAGCUUGCUGCAGCACAACCACGUGCACUCGAGCGAGCGUCCCUUCACCUGCUCUGACUGCGGCAAAGGCUUCAAGUCGUCGCCGGAACUGAAAGUGCACAGGCUCGUGCACAACGGCGAGCACCCCUACACCUGCAGCGACUGCGGCAAUGUCUUCACCCACUCCAACAGCCUGCAGGUGCACCAGCGCACCCACAUUGGCCAGCGUCCCUACACCUGUGCCCAGUGCGGCAAGAGCUUCACCCGCUCCACCCUACUGCUGAAGCACCAGCACACCCACACCGGCGAGCGUCCCUACACCUGCGCCCAGUGCGGCAAAGGCUACACCCAGUCCGGUCACCUGCUGGUGCACCAGCGCACCCACACUGGCGAGCGUCCCUACACCUGCACCGAGUGUGGCAAGGGCUUCACCCAGUCCGGUCACCUGCUGGUGCACCAGCGCACCCACACUGGCGAGCGUCCCUACACCUGCGCCCAGUGCGGCAAGGGCUUUGCCCAGUCCGCUCACCUGCUGGAGCACCAGAGCACCCACACCGGCGAGCACCCCUUCACCUGUGCCCAGUGCGGCAAGGGCUUCACCCGCUCCAGCAGCCUGCAGGUGCACCAGCGCACCCACACUGGCCAGUAUCCAUACACCUGUGCCCAGUGCGGCAAGGGCUUCACCCAGUCCACCCUACUGCUGAAGCACCAUCGCACACACACCGGCGAGCGUCCCUACACCUGCGCCCAAUGUGGGAAGGGCUUCACCCAGUCCAGUCACCUGCUGGUGCACCAGCGCACCCACACCGGCGAGCGUCCCUACACCUGCACCCAGUGUGGGAAGGGCUUCACCCGGUCCAACAACCUGCUGGAGCACCAGCGCACCCACACCGGCGAGCGUCCCUACACCUGCGACCAGUGCGGCAAGGGCUACACCCAGUCUGGUCACCUGCUGGUGCAUCAGCGCACCCACACUGGUGAGCGUCCUUACACCUGUGUCCAGUGUGGCAAGGGCUUCACCCGCUCUGACAGCCUGCUGGAGCACCAGCGCACCCACACUGGCGAGCGCCCCUACACCUGCACCCAGUGUGGCAAGGCUUCAGCUGCUCCUCCAGGCUGCUGUCCCACCAGCAGGUGCACGGCGGCGACUCUCCCUUCCCCGGCCCAGUUUGUGGAGAGGGCUUUGCCAUUGCCUCCCACUCCCAGUCCUACGACUGUCCAUACUGUGGUGAAGAGUUUGGCAGCUUGAGGGGAUUGCGGCAGCACCGGCGACCCAUGCCGGCGAGCGGCUGCUCCCAUUUCGAUAAGUGUUUCAACAACGCAUGAGGGCUGUGGGAGCACCAGCAGAUACACACCAGAGAGAGACCCUUUGUGUGCGCUGAGUGACGCAAGGCAGGGCUCGUAUGGUCCUUGAAAGUCCUGGAAUUUGAAACUCUGUUUUCAAGGCCCUGAAAGGACUUCGAUUUAUCAUAGGUCCUUGUAAGUCCUUGAAAAUGCACUUUUUAUGAUAAAAGUAUUAAUUCAUGCGGA